AUGCCGAUCGCAACCAAUCAGGAGCCUGAGGGUGACAAGAAGGCGCUCCUAGUGGGCAUAAGAUACGAAACAAACAGGAAUUUGGCGGAGAAUGGAUUCAAAUUGCAAGACAAUACGCGUAAAGACGUGGAGAACUUGAAGGAGCUUCUCAUGAGCACAUAUCAUUAUACGGAGAAAGACAUCGUGAUCAUGACCGACUCCGAUACGGUGUCGCAUGAAUCGAAGUACUGGCCCACCAGGGCCAACAUCAUCAAGGCCAUGAACACUUUGGUCGAAGGCAGGCGUCCGAAUGACCAAAUCGUCUUCGCUUUCUCGGGUCAUGGCGGUCAGGUGGACGUUGGUGUCGAUAAGCGUGAAGAUGAUGGGAAGGACGAAAUAUUGAUACCAAUUGACUGCGAAGUCAUACGAUUUGAUCAGGACGAAGCUCCUGUGUACUCGAACUUCAUUCGAGACGAUGAAAUCCGACAGAUACUUGUUGAUAAACUCCCGCAAGGUGUUCACUGCACUAUGAUCUUCGACUGCUGUCAUUCGGGGACGGCGUCCGAUCUAGACAAUGUCGAAGUGCUGUCUCCCAUCUCCCCGCCCGGGAGUCAGACAACGGGUGGUUUCGAUAAGCAGCAAACUUUUGGGAGAAAGACAGGGGGUAUCUUCAUGGAGAUCACAUGGGGUUCGAGACACCACUACAACAAUAAGGAUUUGAUGCGAGAGAUCAGGAACCAAAUCAAAGCUGUGACGUCGAAGGCUAACGAGAGACUCAAAAAGAAGCAUGAAGGACAGGUAGACUUCACGGACUACUUCGUUACUCCACGACCGCAGCUUGGGAGUCUCACGAAGCCUGAGGAUAUCCUCCACGACCGGUUCAUGCUAUAG